CUGUCACCACGCAGCCCCGUGCCGCCCGGAGCGCAGCCCCAGGUGCCGGUGCCGGUCCCUCCCGGUGCCCGUCGCAGCCCCGCCGGGGGCGGCGCGGGGCGGGCGACCGGGCCCCCCGCGGGGGGUGCGCGGGGUGGGGGCGGGAGGCGCCGUUCGCCCAAGCCCGGCCCCUCGCCGCAGCCCGGCUCGGCGGCGCCGGCCGCUCCCGCUUCCCCCGGCCCGGGCUCUUUGUCGCGGGUGCCGGCGGGGGCCGCAGCGCCAUGGCCUCCCCCAAGAACGGCUUUUACCGGCAAGACAUCACCAAGACCCUCUGGGAAGUGCGGGACCGCUACCGGGACCUGCAGCCGGUGGGGUCCGGCGCCUACGGAGCUGUCUGCUCAGCCGUCGAUGGAAGAAGUGGUACUAAAGUGGCCAUUAAGAAACUGUACCGCCCGUUUCAGUCUGAACUCUUUGCCAAACGAGCAUACCGAGAGCUGCGCCUCCUGAAACACAUGAAGCACGAAAACGUCAUUGGAAUAUUGGAUGUGUUCACACCAGAUGUAACCCUGGAGAAGUUUAAUGACUUCUACCUCGUCAUGCCUUUUAUGGGAACCGACUUGAGCAAGAUAAUGAAGCAUGAGAAAUUAAGUGAAGACCGAAUCCAGUUCCUGGUAUAUCAGAUGUUGAAAGGCUUAAAGUAUAUUCACUCAUCAGGCAUAAUUCACAGGGAUCUAAAGCCUGGAAACUUGGCAGUAAAUGAAGACUGUGAAUUGAAGAUUCUGGAUUUUGGAUUGGCGAGGCACACAGACAGUGAGAUGACUGGUUAUGUGGUUACAAGGUGGUACAGAGCCCCAGAGGUCAUACUGAACUGGAUGCAUUAUACACAAACAGUUGACAUCUGGUCUGUGGGCUGUAUAAUGGCUGAGAUGAUAACCGGGAGGCCUCUGUUCAAAGGCAAUGAUCAUUUUGCUCCUUAUUUCUGGUGUUCAGAUCUGGACCAACUCACAGAAAUCAUGAAAAUAACAGGUACUCCAACUCAAGAUUUUGUUCAAAAACUGCAGAGUCAAGAUGCAAAAAACUAUAUCAAAAGCCUCCCAAAAGUCCAGAAAAAAGAUUUUGCGUCCAUCUUGAAGUAUGCAAGUCCUUUGGCUGUAAACCUUUUGGAGAAGAUGCUGGUGCUGGAUGCAGAGAAGCGAGUCACAGCAGCUGAGGCUUUGAUGCAUCCUUACUUUGAACCAAUUCACGAUUCUGAGGAAGAAAUUGAAGCUGAGAAAUACGAUGACACCUUUGAUAACAUGGAUCUUCCACUGGAUGAGUGGAAGCGCAUUACAUAUAAAGAGAUAUUGAACUUCAAGCCACCACAAACAUUGGAGUCAAAGGAGACAGCAGUGUAAUUGUAUGACUCCAUCUUUUCAGAACUCAGAAGAAAGCAGGAAAGUUGUAAAUGUUUGUGAAAUUCAGGUGUAUAAAACUUUUCUAAAUAAACUGGAUGUAAUCUGUUUCAUCUGCACUGUAAGAAAGAGCCAUGUCUUUUACUCUGCAUGUGGAAGUUGGUGCCUUUGGGAGUAGCAUUUCAAAACUAUCCAGGAACUUAUUCUUGCCUACAACUUCUUCCUUCUGCACGAAAGGAUUCAGACUGUGAUAACCUGGUGCCAUCCUUGAAAGAGCAGAUACGACUAAUUCUUCAGAGACCAGAAACAUACAAGUUACCACCCCACGCAAGUGGAGACACAGAGUACGUCCGAGAUGUGCCGUGACUGCUCUCCAAGGCCAUUGAACUGUCUUGACUGCAAUAACUAUUUGUGUGACUUCCUCUGGAAUAUUUCCCCUCAGAAAGAUGCAUGGAGAGGCAAAUCAGCCGCUGUCACCUCAGGCAGUGCAGCAGAUAGUGGAGACACAGCCUGGGGGAAGAGGAGAAGAACCUGAGCUCCAGCCAUGUCUGAUGGAUCUGUGCAAGAAGCUGGAAGCAGAGAAGUGUCAGCAUCUUAGAUGUUUUUCAAAGUAACCAGCACAGCAGGACAAGAUUUCACAAAUGCACAGGGUAAACAGCCAGUGGAUAAACAGUCACUUUGAAGGGGUGAAACAUUUUCCUCUGAAUACAGUGAGGUCUUCUUGUAUAGUAGAGUAGGAAUCAAGGAUUUCCAGGGAGAAAUUCUUAAGACUUUAUAAAGUUUUGUAAGCUCUCUAGCAUCUUAGUAUUGAGAUGAUCACUGAGAUAGUAGAUCUUCUCAGAGGACGUACUAGUUAUAGAAUCAGUGGUGCUGAUUUUAGAAAUAAAGCUGCAUGUGGGUCACAUCAUAGAACAUAAAAUGAGGAUAACAAUGCUAUCCUGCAACUGUUCAUUGGGAAUACCUGCAGCGAACUGUUUUGUUCGCAGUGUGCAGAGGUGCUGUGCCAGGUGCAGAAUAACAAACGUUCCUUUUUAUUUUUUUUAAGCCUUUUGAACUCCUCUUACUUGAGGGGAAACCAUCAGACCUUCUGUUGGGAGGUGCCUUAUCAGAAGGAGUCAGCUUCCUGAUGGGAUAUUGGUUAGACACUUCAUGAGUUCCUCUUGACUGUCUGCGUUCAUUUAUUUUAUUUUCCUAGGCCCCUAGUUAGUAAUAUUCUCUCAGAUGUAGAAAAAAGAAAUUGGCAAACCUUUGGUGAAGACUUUCUUUGUGAGAUGCUUCUCCUUGUUAAAGGUAAUGACUUGACAAUUGGAUGUGGAUUAUUCCCAAUGCACUAUGCUGUUGUAUGUUGCUACUUGUGGAAGAAGAUGUAGCAGAUAAUAACUGGAAAAGGAGUAAGAAAUUUUUUUGUGUUUUUUGCUUUAAUAACCAAUUUAAAUCAGAAGUUUAAUCAAGGCACAGUUCUGUUUCUUUCAAUGAACAUUUAAGUUGGACACCUGUAAAUACUAGCAUUUGUUUAAAAAUUGUUUGUGAUGAGCAUUGAUUAGCUGAGACAGGCACCUAGAGAGACUAAAUGGUAACAGAAAUGUUGAAUUAUUGGUGUAUUUGACAAGUCAUUAAAAACUACAGUUUCAGGAAUGCGUGAAAAACAAAGCAUAGGAUGUAAUUUGAAAUAAAACAUUUUCCACACUACAGGUCACUGAGGAAGGCACACUUGAGUCAUACCCCAUUUUGCACUAUUGACUUUCUGCUUGGACUACGCUUUUAUGUUAAAUAGGAACCUUAUUUUUUACAGGAUAGAUGUUUUCCUUUUUAGGAUCAUGCUGUGUGGUCCUCUUAAAAGUCAUGGGAGAAAAGUGCCUAUUGGAAUUAGUGGGCUUCAUGUAGGUAGUCAAUGGGAAAUGGAAAAAUAGCAAAGCUUCUUUGAAAAUACUCCCUCUAUAUUUUAAAUGCAAUUUCAACAUCCUAAAUUCUAGCAAAUACCUAAAGUCAUGAGAUAAUGCAGAAGGCUCAAAUGUUAGACUUGGGGGAGAAUUUUUUUAAAUUGAACUUCUUUGCAUUUUCUUCAUAAAUGCCAACAUUUCAAUGGGCAUUUUCAUUUCCCCCCCACCUUUAGCUUUAGUGCGGUCAAGCCCUAAAACCGUCCAUGGUGAACUUUUCCCAUGGUGAACUUUUCUCUUAAUCUUGGCUUAGUAUUGGAGAAGUGGCUAGCCCGCAUGAGAAAGACACAAGAAGAUCCUGUUAGUUUUUGUAGAUAUUGGGAGAAUACAGAACUCUUAAAAUAACUGAAGAGAAGACCUUGAUGCACGUGCCAGCGCAGACCGAAGUACUGCUGUGCUGUCUAGUCAGCAAACAGUCUGUAAGGUAAAAUAUAAAACGUGGAAGGGUUGUCACAUCUUGGCAAGAUGUUUCAGCAAAGAGAUUGAAAUCUGCAGAAAUGGCUCCAAACAGCAAUAGAGAUUAUUGGUAUAAAUAGCUUGUUUAAAGAAAUGCAAGUUGAAAGCGGCAAUAUUUUUCAUGGGAGGCAGCUGCUGCUUCAAAGGGAGAGACACCGUUUUCUAAGUUUUUAUUUGCUAUUUCUGCUGGUGCUAAGCAACUCAGGAAUAAGAACCCAAUUUCUGUUUGCCUUAAAGAGAAAUGUAAAUACGUUCUGCAUGUACUUGAAACGUAUUGUGACAAAUAAAGGUUGAGGGUUUGUUUUUUACACAGUAAA